AUGUCCACUCAACUCGCUGCUGCCCUCGAUAGCGCUGAUUUCAGGGACUUUCCACUCAAGGAAGUCAUCCGCUAUAACCACAAUACCGCCAAAUUCGUGUUUGCUUUGCCUGAAGGAAGCGCAUCUCUUCUUCCCGUCGCCAGCGCGAUUUAUGUCAAGGGACCAGAAGACAGUGAAGGCAAGCCGGUAGUUCGACCGUACACGCCUGUUUCCGCCCCGCAUACCCCGGGUGAACUAGCAUUGGUUAUCAAGCGUUACCCCGAUGGCAAAUUGUCGAGCCAUAUUCACACGAUGGAUAUCGGACAAACCAUCAAAAUCAAAGGUCCGAUUCCUAAGCUCGCUUGGGUUGCUAACCAGUUUGACCAAGUUGGAAUGAUUGCUGGUGGAAGCGGAAUCACCCCCAUCUUCCAAGUCCUUCAGCACUCGCUUGCCCAGCCUAACGAAAAGACCAAGUUCAAACUCAUUUUUGGAAACGUAACGCCGGCCGAUAUCCUCAUUCGAGAGGAGCUCGACGAGAUGGCUGCCCAGUCCAACGGGCGCUUCGAGGUCAAGCACAUUAUUUCUCGCCCGGACGAUACCUGGACCGGAGCCAAGGGUCGGAUCGACGCCAAGGUGAUUAAAAGUUAUCUGCCGGGUCCUGAGCUUGGCAGCCGGGUCAUGGUUUUGUAUGCGGUUGCGGCUGUUUCAGGUCCCAAAGACGGGCUCGCACAGGGAGAAUUGGGCGGUGCGCUCAAAGAUCUGGGAUACGUCAAGGAGCAGGUUUACAAGUUCUAA